AAUAAAAUAAAAUAAAUAACAAACAAAAAAAUAAUUUAAUUUAAAGAAGAAAAAAUGAAAUUAUUAUUUACUUUAUUAAUUGGUUUUUUAGGUUUUGUAUUAGCUGCAAAUGCUUUAUGCAGUAAAGGAAUUGAUCAAAAGAUUUACGAUGAUCAAUUAGGUUAUACAGUCGCUGAUUGGUCAUGGGCUAAACCAAGAAACUUUACAUGCACCAAACCAGUUAGAUCAGGUAUUCACUCUAUUGCUUUCUUCCCAAAAACUUAUGAUGGUUUAUACUUUAAUUUACAAAAUCCAAUUGAUCCAUCAAUUAUUUCAUUCGUUUCAUUUUGGGUACAUGGUAACAAAGCAGGUGGUCAAAAGGUUUUAGUAAGAUUUACUUUAAAUAAAGUUGCAGUUUCUAGAGAUUUCUACCUUUAUGGUCAAGACUCAAUUGUUGCAAAUACAACCAAUGGUAAUAUUCUUCCAGGUUGUUGGAGUCAAGCUAUUAUUAACACUGACCAUUUAGAACCAGGACAAUAUGAUGGUAUUCAAAUCUUAUCAUCCGGUGAGGAAGUUCAAGAAUUGAUGUACAUUGAUGAUAUUGAAGUUCAUAAGAGAUGUGACAACACACCAUACAGAAAUAUCAUGAAACCAGAGGUUUGUGAUGGCCAUGAUUGUGUUUCAGUUGCAGUCAAAGAAGGUGAAAAGAAUUGGAUUCAAAACGGUAUCGAAUAUCAACAAUACGUUAAUUCAAUGGUGGUUGGUUCAAACCAAGAGAUGCCAAAAGAUAUUUGGAAUGUUUCAUACUUGGAAGGUGGUUUCUACGGUCUCCCAGAUCACAUUGAACUUGUCUACCCAGGUCAAGAAUACCAAUUCGGUUGUGUCUCUGUUAAAGGUCCAGUUUCAUUCAAAAUUAGCUAUGUUGAAUAUGAAAAUGAAAAAGGUCACGCCAUCGCUGCCAAACCAGCUAAAUCUGUUGAAGCCGCUGCUGCUAAACCAGCUGCUAAAACAGCUACUGAAGCUAAACCAGCUGCCAAACCAGCUGCCGCUAAACCAGCCACAAAAGCCACUGCUACUACACCUGCUAAAAAAAACUAAAUCAUUCCAUUUAAUCUAAAAAAUUAUUAUUAUUUUAAUAUUAUUUAAAACUGAUCAUCAAAUUUUAUUAAAAAAAAAAAAAAAAAAAAAAAAAAGAAAAAAAAAAAAAACCAAGUAAUAAUAAUUAUCAUCAAUUUAAUAAUCUUAUUAUACGAUACAAUACUAUUAUAAAAAAAACUAUUGUAAUAGUAUAAAUCUAUAAUAAAAAAUAUAAAAAAUACUACUAUUUAAUC